UCUAUCCAGCUCUCUCACCUCCAGCUUCCGAAUCUUUAACUGUCUUGCUUUUACACCAACGUCUCCUCGAAUUCUGUCGCCGUGUGACAUCAGCAUUGCACACAACCCCAACAAAAACCCAGCACCAGGCAACAAAUCAGAACCAGAAUCACUAAAAAUACCACAAAUAUUUAUAUAUCUAAUAGACUUUUCCAUUAAGCCUUUAUAUACCAGUUGGAAUUCCUUCCACUUUUAAUGUCCUGUGAUAGAUUAAGCCAUAUUAAGGCAAUUUAUGAACUUGGUGUCACAAAAAGGAAGCUGAAAAAUGAGGCUCGGUUCCCCAGCUGCAAGUCCAUCGAAUAGAAAAAUCUGGGAGGGAGCGAGGGGUUGGGCUCCAUCUCACAAAAGGAAAGCGACGGGAAUCUGCAGCCACACACUGGCUUUCUCUGAGAGCAAGCAGGUGGAGGAGAAAGCAAAGUGAGAAAUGUCAUAUUCAAAGCAAGAAAUGUUGGAUAUCUGAAGCACAGAUGGUAACUGGAACCUCGGGGCUGCUAGAAAUACAACAUCUAAUGGAUUGUUACGCAUCUGUUCUAGGAGGGUUGUAGGAAUUUUUACGCUUGGUAACGUACAUACUGAUUUUCCUUUCUAUUGUUGGAGAGCACAUCUUAAUUAAAGCUUAAUGAGGUCUUGGCAUCUUUUAGUGCAGUCGACUUUGCUCAUGCCGGUUGGCAGGUUGGUUGUUCGAUGACUUGAAUUCGAGUUAGAAAUCCCUCUCAAAGCUUGAUUCUGUGUAGAACUUAUGAACCUGUCAAACUAUGGUGACGCUCACAGCAACCCAAGAGCCCAUAAAUCCCCGGUUAAAAUCUCCGAAGGGAUAUUUUCCAAGAAAAUCCAGCAUCAUGAAGAUCACACUUGCGUUCGUGUUCAGGACCAAGGUCCACGGGUUGAGGUACGUUUUUGCUCCGGACAAAUCCAAACCUCAGCGCUUCCUCUGGCUCCUGGCCGUCUGCGUCUGCUUGUCGCUUUUAUUCGUCUGGUCCUGGAACCGCUUGCUGUAUCUUCUGUCCUUCCCCGCCGUCACGAAGAUCUACAUGGUGUGGGCAAACAACAUGACUUUUCCCGCUGUCACGCUAUGCAACCAGAACCUCUUUCGUGUGUCUAGCCUCACCAAAGCGGACCUUUACCACAGCGGCUACUGGAUGGACAUUAUGUACGCGAAUCACUCGGUGAACAGGCAGAGCGUGGCCAUGCUGAAGCACAGCCGCCACAGAGAGAAGAUGAUGCGGUUGCUGGACUUCUCCGACUAUGUCCCACCGCCUCGUUUCCACCUCAACACCACUGAGAUGAUUGGUAGACUCAGCCACCAGUUAGAGGACAUGCUUUUGGAAUGCAAGUUCAGGGGAGAAAGCUGCACGCAUAAAAACUUUACUACAGUAUGUAUAUUAUCACAUAGUUCCCCUUUUUUCUGUCUUUCUAUUUUGUCUAUGUAUGAAAUUUAGGAAAAUAAUCAACAGGCUGGUGGGAUGAUGCAGACUCCUAGGUUACCAGCACAAAGUUGAUUUAUUUCCCAAGUCCAGCUUGUUUUUGGUACAAAACAACAAAGUGUUACAUCUUCACUUCUGACACGGGAGACUCCUUCUGUAAACAUCACCUGAAUGACUCCCGGACUGGAAUUCUACAGCAUGUUACUUAGAUAACCAAGUUGAAAGCAAAGAUAAUAUCGUAACGUACCACAAUGUUAACCUGAUGAUUCUGACCAAUCAGAAUCGAGAGGUCAGCUAUAAGAAUUUCUGAAAAUAUUUGAAAUGAUGUUUUUAUAUAUAAAAAAAAAAAUUCUGGAAUCUUUCUUGCUGGUGGCUCAGAAAACUACAAAUAAUUAAAAAACAAAGAGGGUUAGAAAUUGUAUGUUUUAUGAAAUUUCUUUUUAUCCGUUUAUUGUUACCUUGUAUGUUAGUUCCUGUUCUCACUUACAUUACAGCUGCGAUAAACACAGCUUGUCGUCUUGCAGAGUAACUAGAAAGUAUCAGAAAAGCUUUUUUAAGCAUUAAUAAUGUUAUAUAAUAUUUUUUUAAAAAUCGACACCUUCUGACCAAUCAGAAUUGAGAAUUCAGCAGGGCAGCUGUUUGAAAGAACUUUAAGGAAUUAAGGAGUUUUUAUAAACUUUGUAGCCUUAGCCUCAGAUAACAAAAAAAACAAUAAUAAAUAAUGGAUUUGUGGUUGAAAAAGAUUUUGGCUCUUGUGGCAAGAAUCCUAGUUUUAAAGCACUGUGAUUUGGGACUAGUGCUAUUUUCUGGCACUAGUACAAUUUCUAGAAAUUUCCACCAUCUGUAUAAUACAAAUAGUCAGACUCCAGGAGCGGUGUACACUCGAUGCCCUUUAUUGUCUUUGUAAUAGCUUGAUAUCAGAUGUGAGAUUUGUGUGCUCUGGUUAUCACACUGUUCCAUCACUCGAGAUCUUGCAAUUACAGUUUUUUUUUCCUUUUCUAAAAAGAAAGAGUUAUUGCUUUUUUUUUUCUUUUUUCUUUUUUCUUUCUCCUAACAGCGGCAGCCUGCGCUGAAAGAGCACCCUGACAAAUUUCCUUGGGUGGAAAAGACAUGAAUAAUUAAACAUCUCUCCAUUCUUCUAGCUCAAAUGAGAUCAAAAUCUCAAGCAUACCUCUAGGACACCAUUUUUUUUAAAUUAUUAUUUUAUUUGCAUUCUGUCAUAGUGUUCAGAUCCCUUCCAGCACUUUGUUAUAUUUAGACUACAACAAGUCUGCUGUCUAUUUAUUGAAAAUUUUGCAGGUUUAUUAAAAAAUAUUUAUAUAUAUAUUUUUUAUAUGAAAACGACAACCUGCUGAAUCCACCACCACAUCUUUUAUCAGUGCUGUUUUAAUUGUAAUGCACCGCAGCAAAGCAGAGUGGGGGGAGAAUAUCCAAGCUGCUCUGAAAUGGUUGUUAAAGUCUGGACAGGUCUUGUUAAAGCCAAGGUAAAGGUAGAGCGCUGUUCAUUAGAGGCUCAGGAAGGCAUGACGCUCACCUCAGCUGUCUCAGCCUGCUGGGUUCACUUCAGUUUUUCUAGGAAUUAUUAUAAUUCUUCUUUGUGAACGUCUGGAACGUUGUGAGCGAUUUUUCUUUUACUAAGCAGCAGGUGUCUUCUUGAUCUAGUUCUUAUUUAUCUGAAUUCCAUUAUUUUAAGACAUAUUCUACCCCAUUGACCUGGAUAUGACAAGUUCACCUCACCAUCAUGGUGCACAUGUACACACAUUUCAUGUUUUUUUGUAU